AUGAUGUGUAUUUAAUAAUUAAUAUGUUAGUUCUGCUUAGCGUUUACGUCGAAAGUGUGCAUGCUGUACCUAUAUGUGCUUACAACUAAAACGAGCUUCCAAAGUGUGGUGUAUCGUCGUGAAAAAAAUCAACAAGAAUUCCUCGACGAGUACAGAAAACAUGGCGGACUAUUGGAAAUCCCAAGGUCGGAAAUUCUGCGAUUUUUGUAAAUGUUGGAUCGCCGACAACAAGCCCAGCAUCGAUUUCCACGAAGGCGGCAAGAAACACAAGGACAAUGUCGCGAAACGUCUCAAAGAGAUCCAUAAAAAUAGCGCGAAACAGGCGAAACAAAAUAAGAAAAUGGAGGAUGACAUCAAAAAGAUGGAGACCGCAGCUAUGGCCGCUUACCUGAAAGACGUCGAGAACAAUACGAGAGACAUGACCGCCGACAGGAUCAUCGAGGAAAAAAGGACCAGAGGAACGACGAAAGACACGUCGAGUUCGAAUUACCCGCCAGCGGCUAGUUCCGAGGACACCGCCCCCAGAUUCAAAUGCAAACCUUAUCAGUUUCCCCAGGAGAUCGACCCGUGCGAUCCAACGUUGUCGCGAAGCAAAGGGGAAUACCAGCACAGAAUCCACCAAAAAAGUGAGGGCAAGCCUCAAGGAAAGGGUAAAUCGAACAAGGGAAAGGGAAAGGGGAAGAAAGCUCAAGAAGAGGAUCGCCCGAAGAAACUGCCGAGAACACUUUGGUACGAGGCCCUCAGUCCGGAAGGAUACACUUACUAUUGGCACAUCGAGACCAACGAAUCCGUUUGGGAGCCGCCCGAUGAAGGGUACAUGACGUUCGCCGAGCAAGAAGAGGAGGCAAAGGAGCAAGCUAUCCAGGAGCAGUUUCUCGAGCAAUUGGAACAAGAAGAGGCGGUCGUGAACGUGGAGCUACUAGAAGAGAAACGGGCGAACGCUGAACGGGAAAGGCUGAGACAAUUAAGGAAACGAAGUGACUCGCCUGAAGAAACGGAAAACGAACAAGUAGCGGAUGGAACAACGAAAACUAUCAAAGAGGAAAAUCGACCGUACAGAAGGGACUAUAGUAUCCCUGAAAAAUCACAUCCUUACGGGCCUUGGCAAACCGUUCGGAAUGUCGUCACGACACCGAUAGACCUGCAGCUGCCACAACAGAAGCAGACGCAGUUGCCGGUUUUCGAAAAAGCGGAACCACCUCGCCCACCCCAAAGGAUAUUCAAAGAGAAAACGAUCACGCAAAUCAACACGGGCGACAGCGACGAGGAUGGCCGACCAACCGCAUUCAAGAAACGAAAAAUCGGCAACAAAUGUGUACGAAAACGAUUAAACGACGACUGAUAAUCGUACCUAUGGGAUCUGUCUCUCGUACCAUUCUCUUUUUUUGACUACUCGAGACAAACGA